AUGUGUUUUGGUAUUUUUUUGUAUCAUGAUAAUUUACAAAUUAAAGAAAUAACAACUGACUAUACGGAUUGUAAUGAUGGUGGUAUUUGUAGUAUAACAUUAAAUAUUUCAAAUGAUAUUAUUGGAGAUGUUUAUUUUUAUUAUGGUUUAGAUAAUUUUUAUCAAAAUUUUAGAAUGUAUAUAAAGAGUAGGAGUAAUGAACAAUUGAUGGGAGACUUAAUGAAUACACAUAAAUGUGGUUCAUAUUCAUAUGAUGAAAAUGGAAAAGUUAUAGCACCAUGUGGAGCUAUUGCUAAUUCAAUGUUUAAUGAUACAUUUGAAUUAUUUUUAAAUAAAAUAAAAGUACCAUUUACUUAUAAAGGUGUUGUUUGGGAAUCACUACUUAAAAAUAAAUAUAAAAAUCCUCCCUUAAUUAAUGGUGAUCUAUGCCAAUCAUUCUCCAAUACCACUAAACCACUAAAUUGGGGAAAAGAACCAUGUAAAUUAGAUGAGGUAAAUCCUGACAAUAAUGGUUUUCAAAAUUCUGAUUUUAUUGUUUGGAUGCAAACAGCUGCCUUAAAUAAUUUUAGAAAUUUAUAUAGAAUUCUAGAUAAAAAUAAUAGUAAAAUUUUUCAAAAUGGUCUUCCAAAAGGUUUGUAUACAUUGAAAAUUAUGAAUAAUUAUCCUGUAAAAAGUUUUAAUGGAAAGAAAUAUUUUAUCAUUUCGACAACCUCAAUUUUUGGAGGAAAAAAUUAUUUUAUGGGUAUAGCAUUUAUAACAGUAUCUUCGAUUUGUUUAACAAUAGCAAUUACAAUAAUAUUUUUUAAAUACAAUCCCAUAUAUAAUAUCAAUAGAACUUAA